UGCCGAGCGAGCUGCCCUCCGCCGUGCGUUUGUUUGCGUCUCAGCCACAAAGUGCCCAAAGCACCGAUCUGUUCCGAGCCCAACCAAGUCGAGCCGAGCCGAGCCGAGCCGAGCCACGGCGUGCGUCUGCGCCCCACACGCUCCCCCCGCCUCCACCACCACCACUCCACCCUCGCCGUCUCCGACCGCCGUUCUGUGGCAAUGGAGCCGUAACCAACCUCAUUGUGCUUUAACUGAGCCGAGCGUGUGGAACAGCGACGGAUCCAGCGGAGACCAAGCGGCUAUGGAGGAGCAGCGCAGCCAGGCUGGAGUCUAGACUGCACGCAAAUCAACACACCCGGAUUACUUUUUGCAACAUUUUUUUGAACUCUAAUAUCACUAUUUGAACAGGGAUUUCCUUUAUUUUAUUUUUUUCGUCCGAUAAUAUUAUUCUGUCAUUGCACGGCGAGGAUGCAGGGGAAGGAGGCGAGCUUUUGCACGGGAUGCUGGAGACUAGCGCUGCUGUCGUGCGUCCUGGCACUGUACUUGAUCCCGCUGGCUGUCCACGGGAAUGCUGUUGGGACCAAUGCCACUGAGCUGGACAGCGUGGCCAACGUUACCUCCCUGCUCAGCGAGGAGGAGGGGCCCGUUAAGGUCAACGAGGCCGUCCUCGCGGUAACCGGGAUGAGCAGCUCGGCCAGUCCAGACACUGUGACCCCGAGGGCGGGCCGGAUCCCCCGCGCCGGCGAGGAAGACGAGCAGAGCAGCGGCAUGUUUGCUGAAACGUUGGUCCCUGCGUUGGAAGAAGUGAGCGUGGCAGCCCCGCCACAGAUCAGCCCUGAUUCGGCUGAGACGGAGCUCCUGCUGCCUAGCAACCCACGCGGUCAGGACGUCGUGGCAAGCGAAGAGGAGGAGGAGAAGGAGGAGGAGGAGGAUGAGGAGCGUCUGCCAAACACCGACCCGCCUUGGAUCCACGCCAAGGACACAGCCGUGUUUGACCUGGAUCACCUGUUCACCACCACCGCCCAGCCCUCGGCCCCCACCAACCCCACCAACCCCACCAACCCCUCCAACCCCGACGUCCUCCACGUGGACUUCUUCGACCCCUCCUCUCGUGGACGCGGCCUCGACCUGGCCCCGCCGUCGCCAUCAUCACUGGCCCAUGAGCUGCAGGGAGGCGACCCGACCUCCUGGGCGAUGCCGGACAACUACGACUACCUCACCCCCUACGAGGAUGGCGUGUCCCCCACUGCUGAUGAGUACACCUACAGCACCACGACCGACACCUACGAGAGCGACGAAGACCUCCGCCUCCCUGCUGGGUCUCCAGCUCGCUCCAAGCCCCGAGUGCCAGCGUCUGGCCCCUUCAUCCCUGGGGCCGCACGUCCGGGCGUGGGAGCUCCGGUACCAAACGUCCCCGGGGCGGCUCCUCCAGCGGCCUCACCGGUGGACGGGUCAGACGGGAUGGGUGGAUGCCGUGUGGGCUACCAGAUGGUGAACGGAAGUUGCCGCUCGCCCUGCGACAUGCAGCCCAACUACUGCUUCAACGGGGGACAGUGUUACCUGCUGGAGGGCAUGGGAGUCUUCUGCAGAUGUAACGUCCAGGAUUACAUCUGGCACAAGGGUGCUCGCUGCGACUCGGUGGUGACCGAGUUCCAGGUGAUGUGUCUGGCCGUGGGCACCUCGGCUCUGGUGGUCCUGCUGCUCUUCAUGAUCGUCGUCUGCUUCGCCAAGAAGCUCCACGUGCUCAAGACGGAGAACAAGAAGCUGCGCAAGCGCAGCAGUAAGUACCGGCCUUCAUCGGAGCAGCACAAUGAUAAUUUCUCGCUGUCCACCAUCGCUGAGGGCUCCCACCCAAAUAAAACCAUGAGCAGAUACACCUGGGAGUGUAAGACCAAAGAGGAGUCCGACUGUGAGGAUGAUCCUAAUUCCCAGAACAAACUUGAGGACCCGGUGAAGGCCCCACCCAAGGAGGACGACUCCCUCAACAUCCACAACUCUCUGACCCCCAAACACGAGAACCACAAGGUCCUGGGCGAGGAGAACUCCUCGGAGGUAAACUCACUGCAGAACAACAUGAUGUGA